AUGUUUAUCAGAAUCUUUGGGGAACAAUAUUUAAUUUUUUUGGUAAGGAAAUAAAACAAAAUAUUUCUAGAGCCUUCUAGGUAGUUUCUUUAGCUUCACUUCUAGCAGUCAGAAGGACCUACCAACUCAGUGCAUUUAAUUGCAUUGGCUUUUACUGCUUAGGAAGGUGAGGCAUCUUAAAGUUUCAUAUCUGGAGUUAAUGUUGGCAUUUGAUAACCUUAAAAGUUACAGGGUACCAAGAAUGAUUGAUGAUUCAAAACCUGGCAAGUUAUAUAACUUAAGUGGUAUAUGAAGCCCUUUUGUUAUCUUUAAAAAAAUUAGAAUUUUCUCUUCACUAGAGAUGAAUUUCCUGACUCUUAGAACAUCAUCAUUUUCAGCUACAUUAAUAAUUACUGGUAAGAGGCAGAAAAUAAAAUUUUGAAAUGAAACUCAGAAAUUUCUAGAUGAGAAAUUUAUUUUCAAAUGCUAAUCAAUAUAUACAGAUUAUUUGGGUAUAUGUUGUUAUUUAUAGCAUUGAUGUUUAACAAGUGCUCUUAAAAUAACCUAGUUUCCUGUUUUGUGAAGACAAAAUUUUGCACCAAAGGUAACUUUAGGGGUGUUUGGCAGUGAAUUUCUUUUGUAAACAAGAAAAACAUCUUCUCUUGCGGCUCUCAUUUCUAUGUAUUCACAUGCUUAUAAAUGAUAGCAAAAGAAGCAACAGCUAAUGGAGUAAUGUCUGAAGUGAAAGGGCAGAAAAGUGAGCACAUUUAGUAUUUAUGUGGUAUUACUAUUCUGUGUUUUCACCAGUGCUAAAAAGUUACCCGGAGUACCUGAACCCCUUUCCUUUCAUUGAUCAUUAGUGUCAGUCAGUAUGUUAUAGAGUGCAUGAAUUUCUUCUAUAUGUUGGUAUGAAUUUCCCACUGCUGGAUUUCUCAGCAGACACCCAAACUUAAUUUCUCUUUUGUGAACUAAAACUUGUAACUGAGGUAUGGCAUUUCAUUUUAAUUAACAUUAUUAUCCUAUGCAGUGAAAAGGUGAAUGGAUCACUCUGAAUGCUGCUAGUUGCCCCUGAUACAAGUAUUUUCUUAGCUUGACCAGUCAUCCAUCCACUUAUUUUACAUUUCACACAUCCUUGUGUGUUCUACCUGAUAAUGCCAAGGAAUGCUUUCCUUUGAAAGUAUUCAAUUAACAAACGCAUUCACCUUGAAUUUUAAACUUUUGUACCACAAUCUUUUUUUCCUCCUUUAAAAAUGACACAUUCUCUUAUUAAGAUUAUUCAUUGUUUUAGCACAACUCUUUUUUGCAAAACUAUCAUUUUCCAUCAUGUUCCAUUUGAUGGUACAUUAUCUUAAACCUGUACGUUUCAGGGUUGCUAAAGGCAAAAGAUGACAAUAUUGGUUAAUAUUGAGAAUAGGUAAAAAUGGGCAGUCAACAAAAAAAAGUAAAAUUUGACUUUAAAUCUUUUGAAUAUCUAAUAUUAAUAUGCAUUUUUUCACACCAGUCAUAGAAAUCCAAGUACUGUUUUAUGUUACUGAUCUUUAAGUUGUUUCAUGUGUCACAGUGAGAGUGGUAAAAUUUUUUUUAUAGUUGUAUGAAGUGAAAAGAGAAAUAAUAGUAUAUAUCACUAUAUGAUAAAACUAAAAUAUCUCUGGGUUAAUAGCUUGCUAGUUUAGACUGCAUUUGAUUUUAUUUUACAGUGGCUUUUAAAGUUUGUGUUUUUUUGUUUUGGAAUUCUGGUAAAUGUGAACAACAAUUCAUAUGCAUAUAGGUGUAAAAAAGAUAUUUUUAAAGAUAUGCUGUGUAAAUAUGUCCAAUGGAGACAAGUAGCAAGUUUUAAUUGCUUUCUGCAGUUUAAGUCACUGGCUCUGUUGAAUACUUAAAUGAAGCAUCAGGAAAGAAAACAAUUUGUAUUUGUAUAUACUUGCCUUGAGAGUGUUGCAGGAUUUAGCAGUUCUCAAUGACGAUUAUUACUUUUAAAAAGGAAAAAAAAGAAAGUAGUGAGGGGAUAGGAAGUUUUGGUAUGUGGGAAGGGAAAGGAAAAAUUACUUUCUAAAUUGUGUUGAAGUUACCAUUUAUUUUGUUUUAGGCCUAUUUGCAUAGCACAUUCUAAAGAAUGGUGAAAGGUAAUAAUUUGUGGUGAAAAUAUUAGUAUCCUUACUUAACACAUUGCUGGGUGGUUUAACUAUUAAUCAGAGAGAGAGUGGAGAAUAAAGAAUUAGAGCUGGGGAUUAAAUAGGUUUUAGCAUGAUGGCUUUGCCACAGAAAAGCUAUGAAAUGGGUGAGUCAUUUAAUGUUUUCAGGCCUCAGAAGUAGUGUUACUUCGAAAGUGAGCUUUUAUUUUCAAAUGCAUUGAGUAUCAGGGUGCACAGAACUUAGGGCUGGGAGGAUGUCCCUUAUGAUUUUUUGAGCUUGGCAUUUAAUAUUUUACAGCAAAGUUUUUAGUCUAACAUAAUUGAACUUGUACUAGAUAGGGUUAAUAGGCUAGAACAAAAGGUCAAAGCAUAAGGCAUUAGGCUUAAUUAAGGGAGAGCAGGAGUGGCAGGAGUGUGUGACAGUUAAAUGGGUUUCCCACAGACUAAUGUCGGUUACAGUGCAACCAUGCCUCAACUUAAGUGGGUUAUUUUGUGCAAAGGGCAGCAGUGAUUAGCAGUUUGACAUGCCAGACACUUCUGGCCAAUCCCAUCUGUUUUAGAGGUUAAAAAAGCACACCUUUAUGAGCUGAUGGAUUGAUUUGUGUGCCCGUCUGGUAAAGAUUAGAAGUCCAAGGCCAAUGCAGUAAAUGUCAGUUACAGAAUAUUGUGCUUUCUUGGUUGGCUCAUUGUUUUAACCGUCAACUGUUUUAUAAUGGGGGAUAACUGCUGUUUAUGGAGUUGAAUGCAAGAUGGGUGGGGGAACAGGUGAGGGAAGAGGAAAAAUAUUUCCUACAUGGAAUUGUGAAUUAACAUAUUCUGUAGCAGGUGUUUCAAAUUUUAUGGCAUGUUUCUGACCUGUUCCUUACAGUUUGAGUCACAUUGUUCUUUUCUGAGUGUUAGCUCAGCAACACUGUCAGUCCAGAAUUUAAUUCUGCAUACAGAAUUGGUAGGUUUCUUUAUUUAGGCACCUCUUUUUCAGGCAGAUGGAUAAUUUAUCUCCUAUUAUUAUAUAUAUUUUUAAAAGUGUAAUGUUUUGUUCAUUGACCUCCUCAGGAAGGGAAAAGAGAAAAGAAAAGAGGAAAUGAAGAGAGCCAUAGACACACAGAUACACAUAUACACACACACACUUAUGUUCUUUUAUGUGGGCAGUCAGGUGCAGCCACAAAAGAGACACAGGAGAGACUCAGGACAAUUGUUUAUGUAGUUUAUUAUACUCAUCAGUCCUAGAAGGCCAUACGAUGCAGGACCACGUGAGAAAGGAUCAGCAUUGGUCAGGAGGCUAACGGGGCAGGAAGUAGGAAGUAAAAGCCUAGGCUGUGGCCUUCAUUGAAAUUUCUGUGGAAAAGGCAAGGCAGAGCAGGGUAAGCAGGUUUAGGAUUGGCUAGUUCAAAUAAGCUAUAGGUAUAUAAUAAUAUUAAUAAUACGCUAUAGGUAUAUAAUAAUAAUAAGUUUUGAAUAAGCUGUAAGUAUAUAAGCUCUAAACUGUAAGAGUAGUCCCUAGUUUGCCUGGUACCUGGCCCUGGGAUAAUAAAGGCAGAGAAAUAUUGCCUCCUAGGUUGUGUGUGCCAGUGAGAGGAGUUAUGGGUCUGGAUUGGUUAAUUUGCGUAUCAGAGGCAUCCUCUGGCUUUGCCAUAUCUAAGAAUUGACUAGCUCCUGGAAGGGUAGUGUCUCCCCAGCCAGAAAGGUUUUUAAGAAGUCAUAAUAUACAGAAAAUCAUUUUUAAGAAGUCGUUUUUAAGAAUCGUUUUUAAGAAGGUUUUUAAGAAGUCAUAAUAUACAGAAACCUCAUAAUAUACAGAAAAUAAGAAAUAUAAAUUAUGCACAUACAUAUAUACUUGUUCUGCCCAUAGAAUUUAAUGUAAUCACCUGAGAUUGAAGUGUGACUAAACCUAGAUUCCAACCUGUUUCUUUCUUCAUUGAAAGCUGUAAGUGAUGCCAUUAAUAUAGUUUGUUUUCAGUUCAAAAUUGUAGCCCAUUUAAAGAUAACACAAAGACUAAGUUGUAGUUAUAAAAAUUGGCUUCAACAUAUUCUAAUAGCCAAGGAAAGGAAAAAAAUCCUAAUUUUAUGGAGAUGAAAUAGAUUCAGAUAUUGUUGUCAUAAUCAAUAAGUUUGGGAACAUAAAACAUUCAGUCUUUUAGGGUGGGCAGAGGGAAGUGUUUGAGAGAAACAAAAAGUUAUCUCUAUCGGAAGAUUAUCUUCAACCUGAAGUUUGAAUUCAAAUAAAAAUAUAACGAAGAAUAUGUAAAUGACAUUGGAAGAUUCUGAUUGAUGUCAUCUUCUCGUAUUCUUGUCAAAGAAUGUGAGCCAUGAAUUGCCUGUUACAUAGUUACACAGAUUGUGUAUUUCAAGUCUGGCCCUGAAUUGCUUCUUAUAGAAAAAAAUAAAGUAUCCUAAGGAAAUGUGAUCACUGAAAGUUAUAUUGUAAAUGAUAAUAGUAAUUAGUAUUUUAUGAAUUGGAGUGUUUGGAUUGUGAGCUAUUUCAGAACUCUGUUCUUAGGACCCGUGAUUUUAACAUUUGGGAGAAACACAUCCAGAAGAUGCACACUUGACUGAAGGAGGAGGGGGAAUCUGAAGACUCCAGAUGACAUCAAAGCUACUUUUCAACAGCCUUCUCAAUUUCCUUUCUCAGAAAGCAGAGGCUCAAACCUUGGAGACAGACGAACACUGAUAUUUGCAUUUCAUGGAGAACAAAAGAUGAAGAAGGAAAAGCAGUAUAUUCACUAAGGAUCAUAUCUGCUUACUGCUACAGCCUUGUGUUUUAAGGGAUUCUUCUGCUCCUUCUUACUUAGAAGUUGAUCAGCUCUGUGGUCAGACAGCAUUGGAGUUUGCCUGCCUUUAUCUUGUCAUUGCCAGAAGAAAUCCUGGUCGGAAUGUAACAGUACAUCUCUAUCUGAUUGCUAUGGAAGGUGAUAAACUGACACUCACUUAUUAAAGUUACACCUCAUUCACUCAUAGAAAACCAUUCUUUAAAGUGAAUAAAAACCAAGCCCUUGCGAACACUUCUAUUGAACAUGACUCAUGGAGAAGAGCUUGGCUCUGAUGUGCACCAGGAUUCUAUUGUUUUAACUUACCUAGAAGGAUUACUAAUGCAUCAGGCAGCAGGGGGAUCAGGCACUGCCGUUGACAAAAAGUCUGCUGGGCAUAAUGAAGAAGAUCAGAACAUUUCUGGCAGUGCAUUUCCCACCUGUCAAAGUAAUGGUCCAGUUCUCAAUACACACACAUACCAGGGAUCUGGCAUGCUGCAUCUCAAAAAAGCAAGACUGUUGCAGUCUUCUGAGGACUGGAAUGCAGCAAAGCGGAAGAGGCUGUCUGAUUCUAUCGUAAAUUUAAACGUAAAGAAGGAAGCUUUGCUAGCUGGCAUGGUUGACAAUGUGCCUAAAGGCAAACAGGAUAGCACAUUACUGGCCUCUUUGCUUCAGUCAUUCAGCUCUAGGCUGCAGACUGUUGCUCUGUCACAACAAAUUAGGCAGAGCCUCAAGGAGCAAGGAUAUGCCCUCAGUCAUGAUUCUUUAAAAGUGGAAAAGGAUUUAAGGUGCUAUGGUGUUGCAUCAAGUCACUUAAAAACUCUGUUGAAGAAAAGUAAGGCUAAAGAUCAAAAGCCUGAUACCAGUCUUCCUGAGGUAACUAAAAAUCUCAUCAGAGAUAGGUUUGUAGAGUCACCUCACCAUGUUGGACAAAGUGGAACAAAGGUCAUGAGUGAACCCUUGUCAUGUGCUGCAAGAUUACAGGCUGUUGCAAGCAUGGUGGAAAAAAGAGCUAGUCCUGCCACCUCCCCUAAACCUAGUGUUGCUUGUAGCCAAUUAGCAUUACUCCUUUCAAGUGAAGCCCAUUUGCAGCAGUAUUCGCGGGAACAUGCUUUAAAAACACAAAAUGCAAAUCAAGCAGCAAGUGAAAGACUUGCUGCUAUGGCCAGAUUGCAAGAAAAUGGCCAGAAGGAUGUUGGCAGUUUCCAGCUCUCAAAAGGAAUGUCAGGCCAUCUUAAUGGUCAGGCGAGAACAUCAUCAAGCAGACUAAUGGCCAGCAAAAGCAAUGCUACAACAUUUCAAAACCCAGUGGGUAUUGUUCCUUCCUCUCCCAAAAAUGCAGGCUAUAAGAACUCACUGGACAAAAACAAUAUAAAACAAGCUGCUAAUAAUAGUUUGCUUUUACAUCUUCUUAAAAGCCAGACUAUACCUAAGCCAAUGAAUGGACACAGUCAUAGUGAGAGAGGAAGCAUUUUUGAGGAUAGUAGUACACCUACAACUGUUGAUGAAUAUUCCGAUAACAAUCCUAGCUUUACAGAUGACAGCAGUGGUGAUGAAAGUUCCUAUUCCAACUGUGUUCCCAUAGACUUGUCUUGCAAACACCGAAUUGAAAAACCAGAAUCUGACCAACCUGUUUCUCUAGAUAACUUAACUCAGUCCUUGCUAAAUACUUGGGAUCCGAAAGUCCCAGAUGUAGAUAGCAAAGAAGAUCAAGAUACCUCAAAUAAUUCUAAGCUGAAUUCACACCAGAAAGUAACACUUCUUCAAUUGCUACUAGGCCAUAAGAAUGAAGGAAAUGUUGAAAAAAAUGCCAGCCCUCAGGGAGUACACUGCGAUGUGACAAAGUUCAAUACACAAAAUUACACAAGGACUUCUGUAAUAGAAAGCCCCAGUGCAAAUCGGACUACUCCAGUGAGCACUCCACCAUUACUUACAUCAGCCAAAGCAGAGUCUCCCAUCAAUCUCUCUCAGCACUCUCUGGUCAUCAAAUGGAAUUCCCCACCAUAUGCCUGCAGUACUCAGUCUGAAAAGCCAACGAAUACUGCCUCUAACCAUUCAAUGGACCUUACUAAAAGCAAAGAAUCGCAAGGAGAGAAACCAGCCCCAAAUGAAGGUGCACAAAACUCUGCAACUUUUAGUGCCAGUAAGCUGUUACAAAAUUUAGCGCAAUGUGGAAUGCAGUCUUCCAUGUCGGUGGAAGAGCAGAGAGCCAGCAAACAGAUGUUAAGUGUAAACACAGAUAAACCUGUAGGUAUGAUUGAUAGAUUAAAUAGCCCUCUGUUGUCAAAUAAAACAAAUGCAGUUGAAGAAAACAAAGCGUUCAGUAGUCAACCAAUAGGUCCCGAACCAGGACUUUCUGGUUCUGAAAUAGAAAAUCUCCUUGAAAGACGUACAGUCCUCCAGUUGCUCCUGGGGAACCCCAACAAAGGUAAGAGUGAAAAGAAGGAGAAAAUUCCUCUAAGAGAUGAAAGUACUCAGGAACAUACAGAUAGAGCUUUAAGUGAACAAAUAUUGAUGGUGAAAAUAAAAUCUGAGCCUUGCGAUGACUUACAUAUUCAUAAUACAAAUAUGCACUUGAGCCAUGAUGCUAAGAGUGCCCCAUUCUUAGGUAUGGCUCCUACUGUGCAGAGAAGCACAGCUGCCUUACCAGUGUCUGAGGACUUUAAAUCGGAGCCAGUUUCACCUCAGGAUUUUUCUUUUUCAAAGAAUGGCCUGUUAAGUCGAUUGCUGAGACAAAAUCAAGAGAGUUACCUGGCAGAUGAUUCAGACAGAAGUCACAGAAAUAAUGAACUGACACUUCUAGAAUCAAAGAAUCUUUGCAUGGUCCCUAAGAAAAGGAAGCUUUAUACUGAGCCAUUAGAAAACCCAUUUAAAAAGAUGAAGAAUAACAUUGUUGACGCUGCAAACAAUUCCAGUGCUCCAGAAGUACUGUAUGGGCCCUUGCUCAACCAGGAAGAGCUGAAAUUUAGCAGAAAUGAUCUUGAAUUUAAAUACCCUGCUGGUCAUGGUUCAGCCAGUGAAAACGAACAUAGGAGUUGGGCCAGAGAGAGCAAAAGCUUCAAUGUGCUGAAACAGCUGCUUCUCUCAGAAAAUUGUGUGCGAGAUUUGUCCCCGCACAGAAGUAACUCUGUCAUCGACAGUAAAAAGAAAGGACACAAAAAUAAUGUGACCAAUAGCAAACCUGAAUUCAGCUUUUCUUCUUUAAAUGGACUGAUGUACAGUUCCACUCAGCCCAACAAUGUCAUGGAUAACAGGACAUUUUCAUACCCAGGAGUAUUAAAAACUCCCAUGAGUCCUCCUUUCCCUGAGCACUUGGGCUGUGCGGGGUCUAGACCAGAACCCGGGCAUUUGAAUGGGUGUUCCGUGCCCAGUGAGAAAGGACCCAUUAAGUGGGUUAUCACAGAUGUGGAUAAGAAUGAGUAUGAAAAAGACUCUCCAAGACUGACCAAAACUAACCCAAUACUGUAUUAUAUGCUCCAGAAAGGAGGCAAUUCUGUUACCAGUCGAGAAACACAGGACAGGGACAUUUGGAGGGAUCCGUCAUCUGCCGAAAGUGUCUCACAGGUUACAAUCAAGGAAGAGUUAGUUCCUGCUGCAGAAACUAAAGCUUCUUUCUUUAAUUUAAGAAGCCCUUACAAUAGCCAUAUGGGAAAUAAUGCUUCUCGCCCACACAGCGCAAAUGGAGAAGUUUAUGGACUUCUGGGAAACGUGCUAACAAUAAAAAAAGAAUCAGAAUAAAAUGUACCUGCCAUCCAGCUUUGGAUCUUUUUAAAACUAAUUAGUAUGAACUUGAGAUCUGUAUAAAUAAGAGCAUGAUUUGAGAAAAGCAUGGUAUAAUUGAAACUUUUUUCAUUUUGAAAAGUAUUGGUUACUGGUGAUGUUUAAAUAUGCAUACUGAUUUUUGCUUAACAUUAGAUGUCAUGAGGAAACUACUGAACUAGCAAUUGGUUGUUCAACACUUCUGUAUGCAUCAGAUAACAACUGUGAGUAGCCUAUGAAUGAAAUUCUUUUAUAAUCAUAAAUAAUAGGCAUAAAUUAAAAUGUAAAACUCCAUCCAUAGUGGAUUAAUGCAUUUUGCUGCCUUUAUUAGGGUACUUUAUUUUGCUUUUCAUAAGUCAGCCUACAUACCAUUUUUUAAAAUCCAAACUGUUAAAUAACUCUUUAAAGGAUAAUUAUUGAAUAAAAAACCCUAGUGCUGAUUUACAUCUCAUCCAAUUUAAAAAUAAAUUAGAAAAAUAUAUGCUUACAUUUUUCACUUUUGCUAAAAAACAUAUUUAUUUUUAACUCUUGGAAGGGAUUUUAUGGUUUCCAAUGUGUCUGCCCCACCCAGUCCUUUUCAAUAUAUAUUUCUUUAAACCUUGUACUACUUAAUAAAAAUUGAUUACAAUUGAGGGAAGUUUGAUAGAUCCUUAAAAAAAAAAAAGGCAGAUUUCCAUUUUUGUAUUUUAACUACUUUAUUAAAUUAAUACUUCUCCUUUUACAGAAUUAGGAAAGUUAAUAUUUAUCUUCAGGUGGUUUCCUGAAUAGUUAAAUAUUUAAGAAAUUGUUUUUAACAACAGAAACAAAAUGGCUUUUCUUUGGACAGUUUUCACCAUCUCUUGUAAAAGUUAAUUCUCACCAUUCCUCUGGUAGCUGCGAGUCACGACCAGGAUUCCUUAAAGCUGGACUCAGACCACUUGCAUUAGAAUCAUCUGGAGCAUUUGUUUUAAAAUGCAGAUUCACAGGCAUCUCAGAUCUACAGAACAAGAAUCUCUGCUAAGUGAACCUGAGAAUCUUCCAUCUGCAUCCUAACAUGCUCCAUAGGUGUUUCUUCUGCACACUGAAGUUUGAGAACCAUUGCUUAUGACUUUUCUCAGAACAUGGGACUGUAAAAAAAACUAUUUGAUGCCUAUAUUUUCCCCAGUACAGUCACACAUCAACUCAAAAUUUGCAAUAUUGUAGUUCGUAUUAUUACCGUUAUGUCUUUGAAAAUCGGGUUCAGAAUAACUUUUUAUGACAAAAAAAAAUUGGGUGGAGGGGACAACUUUCAUAACUGGCUCAACAUCUCAGGAAAAUCUGUGAUAAUUUAUGUGUUCUAAUGAGUAACAUCUACUUAAUUAGCCUUAGGGAUGGAAUAACAGGGCCACUUACCAAACUCAGGUGAUUCCAGGAUGGUUUAGAAACUUCUCCUGAAUACAUCCUUAACUUCUAUUAAAACCAUUGUCCUAAGAAUAAUGUUGACAAAGAUUAAAACAGUUCAAACCCAAGAAAGGCACUAAACUCAGAUUGACUAAACAAAAAAGUACAGAGGGCAAAUAUAGAUGACAGAAUUACACACAAUCACUUCAUCGGAUGUAUUAUUUUAAACUAGUGAUUAAAAGUAAACAUUGAUACUGUCUUAGAAGAACUUAAUAUAUUAUGAGCCACAUGGGAUUUUGAUCUUGAAACAAACCUGUUUUUAAGUUCAAUUUUUACAAGCCACAGUUCAUUCACCAGAUAAUAUUUUUGUUUUUAAUUUUGAACCAGAUUAGUAACUGACCUAUCAAAAAUUAUUAUAAUCACUUAAUUAGGAAAUUCAUUUAAAGUUAUUCUACUUGAAGUUGUUUCUAAGAUUUUUAUAUUAAAAGUGGGUGUUAUUUCCUAAUAUCUGAAACCCUAAAUGGCUUUUUUCCUCAAAAUGAUUUGUAAAUAAUUACUAGAGAUAUUAUACAAUAAUAGGAGUGAAUAUUAUGCUAGAUCAUGGAGAGGUGAAGGCAUAUGCUUCUUCAGACACAAAAUUCCACUGGCCAGUGAAUAUGUUCUAUUCCAUGUCCAUAAUGUGACAAUCUUAUUGUCGACACUGUAUAAGUAAGCUUUUAAGUCAUUUUUCUUGGUCAUUGUGAAAGGUCUGGAGCCUUAGAGGUAUGUCAGAAAAAAGUGUGGGUAUUCUCCACUGGUUAGGAGGAAAUGGGCUUUUUACAAGGGAGUGAAAUUUAGGUCAGGGAAAAGAACAUCAUGGGCCAGCAUUACUAUUUUUUGUUUUGUUUUUUGGUUGGUUAUUUUUGUUAUCAGUUAAGGAAAUGAGAAUAUGUAAUACUUAUAUAAAUGUGACCACAAAGAAUGCAGUUCUGAUUUACUAGAGAAUGCCCCCAAUUUGAGUUUAGGAUGAUUUUAAAGAAUAGCAGUAAGAAAGGGCAUACAUCCACAAAUUCACUUUGUUUAUGCAUAUGUAGAUACAAGGAUGCACAUAUACACAUUUUCAAGGACUAUUUUAGAUACCUAGACAAUUUCUUCCUAAUAAAGUCAUUUGUGAAAGGGUACUACAGUUCUCAUUGGCAUCAGUAAGGUAGCAUUCGUUACCUGUUUAUUCUCUGCUGCAUCUUACAGAAGAGUAAACUGGUGAGAGAAUAUAUUUUAUAUAUAUAUAUAUAUAUAAAAUGUAUAUAUAUAUAUUGACUUGUUACAUGAAGAUGUUAAAAUCGGUUUUUAAAGGUGAUGUAAAUAGUGAUUUCCUUAAUGAAAAAUACAUAUUUUGUAUUGUUCUAAUGCAACAGAAAAAAGCCUUUUAAUCUCUUUGGUUCCUGUAUAUUCCAUGUAUAAGUGUAAAUAUAAUCAGACAGGUUUAAAAAUUGUGCAUGUAUGUAUACAGUUGCAAGUCUGGACAAAUGUAUAGAAUAACCUUUUAUUUAAGUUGUGAUUACCUGCUGCAUGAAAAGUGCAUGGGGGACCCUGUGCAUCUGUGCAUUUGGCAAAACGUCUUAACAAAUCAGAUCAGAUGUUCAUCCCAACAUGACAGUUUUCCAUUUCUGGACAUGACUUCUGUGGUUUAAGCUUUGUGGAAGAAUGUGCUUUGAAUUCAAGGGUUUUAAUUUUUUUUUUAAAUCAAGUCAACCACUUUUCAAUAUAAAGAAUUUACACAGCUACUUUCAUGAAUUUUUUAAUCCCAUUGGAAACAUACCAGAAGUAUUCUGGUAUUAGCAAAUACUGGAAUACAAGCACAUUACCAUUCAUAAUAAGAAUUCUGGGGUUUACACAACCAAUUUUGAUGCAAUCUGCUCAGUAAUAUAAUUUGUCAUUUUUAUUAGAAAUUUAAUUUCUUCAUGUAAUGUCAUGAAACUGUACAUACUGCAGUGUGAAUUUUUUUGUUUUGUUUUUUAAUCUUUUAGUGUUUACUUCCUGCAGUGAAUUUGAAUAAAUGAGAAAAAAUGCAUUGUC